CAGGAGGGGAACGCAGCAGAGCGAGUGGGCAAGAGGAAAGGGAAGAAAAAAAACUGCAGUGUGUGAGUGUGUGUAGUUUUUAUCCCUCCCCUGAACAGAUCUUUAUCAAUUUGGGUACUCCGGUCCUGGGGUACAUUUGAAUGGGUGUCUGUGUGUGUGUAUGUGGCAGAGUUUACAGGAGGACAGAGUAAAGUGUCUCCGAGCCUGUGGAGAAAGGGAAGAGCGUGCUGUCCAGGAAAGAGCGACCUGCUUAGAAGGAUUCCAGACUGACAACAUCUCACUGUGAUUGCCUCCAGCCACUUUUCAAGCUUCGAGAGUUUGGCUGGACCGUGCGUGCAGCCUAAACGAUGAAGUUAAACUUGUUCAGGUAUCAGACAACACCCAUGGUCGCUGCUAAGCCAACAGGGGACAGUGCCUUGACUGUGACCCCAGCCCCUGUCGCAUUAGUCUCUGCUGACAACUCCACCGAACCAGUCAACAAGAACGAUGCCUUCGACGAGAUCAAAAACAAGUUCCUGAAUGAAAUCGACAAGAUCCCACUGCCAUCCUGGGCCAUCAUUGCCAUCGCCGUGGUCGCUGCUUUACUCAUUCUCACGUGCUGCUUCUGCAUCAUCAAGAAAUGCUGUUGCAAGAAGAAGAAGAACAAGAAGGGCAAGAAGGGGAAGGGUGACAUGGGAAUGAAGAACCUGAAAGGCGGAGAGAAACUACAGGACGACGACGAUGAGGAAGAUGAUGUCGAACCCGGGCUGACUGGUGACGAGAAAGAGGAGGAGGUGAAGGAGAAGGAGAAGCUGGGGAAGCUGCAGUACUCCAUUGAUUACGAUUUCCAGGAGAACAAGCUGACUGUGGGAAUCCUGCAAGCUGCCGACCUCCUCUCCAUGGACAGCGGCGGCACCUCUGACCCCUACGUCAAGGUCUUCGUCCUCCCUGAUAAGAAGAAGAAGUAUGACACUAAGGUCCACAAGAAAACACUCAACCCCGUCUUCAAUGAGACUUUCGUCUUCAAGAUCCCGUUCCAAGAGAUGGGCGGGAAGACUCUGGUAAUGUCCGUCUAUGACUUUGAUCGCUUCUCCAAACAUGAUGUCAUCGGAGAGAUUAAAAUACCCAUGAACACCCUUGACCUGGCUAAGCCAAUUGAGGAGUGGCGAGACCUGGACAGCGCAGAUCAAGAAGAGCCGGAGAAGCUGGGUGACAUUUGCAUCUCCCUGCGUUACGUCCCCACUGCUGGAAAACUCACCAUCUGUAUUCUGGAGGCUAAGAACCUGAAGAAAAUGGACGUGGGUGGACUGUCAGAUCCCUAUGUGAAAAUCAACCUGCUGCAGAACGGAAAGAGGCUGAAGAAGAAGAAGACGACGGUGAAAAAGAACACUUUGAACCCGUACUACAACGAGUCCUUCAGCUUUGAGAUCCCUCUUGAGCAAAUGCAGAAAAUCCAAGCCGUGAUCACCGUGCUGGACUACGACAAGAUUGGCAAGAACGAUGCCAUCGGGAAGAUCUGGGUGGGAAGCAAGUCCACGGGGGCCGGGCUCAAACACUGGUCCGACAUGCUGGCCAACCCCCGUCGUCCAAUCGCCCAGUGGCAUCCGCUGCAGCCGGAGGAGGAGGUGGAUGCUUCCCUCGCAGCCCUGACGGCCAAGAAGUAAACCCCACACCCCCGAGACCACAUCGCCCCCACCCGCACCUCUCUUACCCAUACAUCCUCCCAUCAGGCCCCACAUAUCAGUGUAUAUUCCAGAAGAUCACCCCCCUCCCCUCUCCGACUUUGCAUCCACUCCCCCACUCCCACCCUCCUCCUCUCCCACCUUUGAAAAGAUCCAUAGAUACCAUUCGACAUGAUGGGGAAAUAUAGUUUAAAAAAAAGCAUCAUGUUAUAUUAAGUCGUGACAAAAGAAGACAAGUUACAGGAUGGACAGAGACUCCGUUGAUUUCCUUUAAAUCUAUUUUUGUAUUGGGGUUGUGGUUCCAUUAAUAAGAAUACAGAGGAGACUAUAAAGAACAGGUAGAGUGCUAUAUGGGAAUCUAGUGAUAGAGGGGAUAAAACAUAAUGUUCACUCAUAGUGUACUUCUCACCCCUUCCCUUUAGUGACACAGUUUGCUUAGAAUAGCGCUUAAUAAUAAAAUGCUUUAUACUGCCAUAGUACAGAGAGAUAACACAAGCAGGUCCAUUCCUUCGGUGUAUCGUGCACCAUGUUUUACACCUGCCAGUGAUCAUACUAGAUGAUUCUGUUAGUUUGAAGUACAUUCCUAGAGCUGGGUAGCCAGUAGGGAUAAGCACAUAUCCGGUUACCCACAAACACACUGCCGUUUUUGAUUAGUUAACACGCCACCCUUCGUCUCAGGAAAACUGAGAGGAAACUGAAGCUCCAUGCCUUUUUUUCUAAACGGGUCGUUAUUUCUUCUUCUUAUUAUUCCUCUUAUUGUUAUUAUUCUAAUCCUCCACUUGACGAGAAAGAAAUGUCGGAUUCAAAAACUUCUCUUUUCGGUGACGUAAGGCUCGUGACUAUAGUGCUAGUUUAUCCAUGAAAUGGAAUAAAUCAGGGGAGAGGGAGGGAAGGAUGGAUUUUCAGUUUAAAAGAAAAUAAGCGUGUGUGUGUGUGUGCGUGCAUGUGUGUGCGAGUGUGUGCGCGUCUGUCGUGCGAACAACAAAAAGCGAAGAAAUAUCAGAGCGGGUACAACAGAGACUGAUUCCAACCACCAAACGACAUGAUAUUUACAGAGUGUCGAUUACUGCCCGCAGUCCACCACCACCCCCCCUCCCCGACGCCUCCGAUUCUGUAUCUCACUUGUUCAGUGCUACUGCCAUUAGUCAUGGACUUGACACAAGGGUUUUACUUCAAAGAAAUCCCUAUAACCGUCUUACAGUCAUAAAGGAGACAAGCCUUCCAAGUAACAAAAUAAGCAAUUUUCAACUACCAGGGACGCCUUCCAGUCAGCGGUGUUGUUCUCUUCAUUUCUCUCUUCUCCUGUUUGUUUCUCUCUUUUAUUGAUCCAGCUGUACUUCUUCAUUUUAUUUUACUUCAAACACUUUUAUUCCUCAAGCACUUUAAAUCCAAAUGUUGCGUUUAAGUACCCUCAGAAACCAGAGCUUUAAUUGUUUAUGUUAAGAUUAGCUGGGUUUAAAAAAAAAAAAAAAAAGAGCGAGGGAGUGCGUUAUAUUUGCUUUUUGUUUUUGCCUCAGCUUUUUAUGUGUUUGCAUAUUACGUUCCUCACUUGAUUGAAAGGAAACGGUCUGGAAGAAGGCACUGAUCCGUGUGUAUUUGAAUACACAGCUUACCAAACUGUCGAAUUUAAUUGCACUACUGGGUAUUAAUUCUGUUCUGUGAUUGUGUAAUUAAUUUUUUUUUUGUGGUGAAAUGUUGUGAUGUUGAAUUUUUCUGUGGCACAACAGACAAGUGUCAAAACAUAGACUGGAUCUAAUGCUGCUCGUCCACAGAAUGUCAUCGAUUCAUUUGGAAAUUAAUAUUCCAACGUCCCGUGACAAAAUCCAAAUUGACAAAAAAACCUAAUUAGGAAUUAAAAUCCUGCCAUUGACAAGCUGCUAGGAAUCCAGAAAACCUAAAAUGAAAUAGCUGUGUGCAGCGAAACCUUCCUGUUGACUGUAAAAAUAAAUGUAAAUCAUAAGCAGUCAACAUUUUAAACAACACCACGGUUUCUUUUUGUUGUUUGCUCUUGUAUCUUUCUCUCUGUUGGAAACAUGUCAAGUCGUUCUGUUUUUAUAACCAAACACAGACCAUGUUCACGUUUCUGUUUUCCACCAUCUUCCUUCUUUCCUUCUGUUGAUGAAGCAACACUAAAGAAAAGGCAACAUGGAAGCAAUCAAGCAACCCAUCGGUGUGUAGUUUUGCCUAUAUACAUAGUUCAUACACGUUGAUACUGCAUGUUUAUACAAAAUACUGUACAUAAGAGCAUGUUUUAGAGACGAAGCAAAAAUAUCUCGUGUACGUAAAUGGGUGUCAUUUGUCAUUUUAAUAACACGACGAAGGGAUUAAAAGAAAAAAAAGAUGCACUGUAUAUUUUCUAAAUGAAACAAAUGUGUAUUUAUUUUCCAUGAGGGUCAUUGGAGAGAAUGUCAUACAGUACAAAUAUUACAGGACUAUUACUAAUAAGAACCUUUCCACGCCUGAAAAAAGCAAGUGUGUCGUCCAGUACCGUGUGUGAGUUCAUGUAGGAUGAAAAUGUAGCCGCAUGCUUGCUAUCUAAUUCCUUGUGAUCAAAACAGUUUUUUAAUUUGAUGCCAUUUAUCUGCCAUGCAUUUCGUUUCAGCUCUUAUCUGAAGGCCAAUGUUUGACUUGUUUUUAAAUACUGUUAUUGCUUUUUUAAAUAAUAUGUUUUUGGUUUUUAAUGUGUGGAAUCUGGGGUUGUCCAAGUCCAUAAGAUUUUCUAACAGCAGAUUUGGCAUGGUGUUGUUUUUUCUUCUGAAAUAACUAAAGAGAAGAAGGUUAAAUAAUUCUGCAAUCUGUAGGUGGAUUGUAGGCGUUAUUAUUUGUGCCAGUACAGACCCAGAACGAAGUCUGUUGGAUCACAUCUUUAUGUACAAUUCAUUUCCAGGGGCCAAAAAGAUGAAUAAGAUGAACACAAACGACUUGGAAUCCCUUCUUCUCUCCGUCUUUCCUUUUUCUUUUUUUCUUUUCCGUGUCUAUUUAAACGACCUGAAACCCUUCACGACUGUGUCUCUUUUACUGUGUUGAUUAUACGAUAACGUGUACGUGUAUUAUACAAGAUAAAUGAAUAAGAUAAAACUAAAGCCAUAAAACUCAAGCACUAACUCUUUAGAGCUCAGCUGAGUCGCUAGAGUUUAUUUAAUAAUGAAGAAAAAGAAAAAAGAACAUGUGACGUCUUUGGUUUUUUUUCCUUGGCCAGUGUUUCUCUUUUACAUUCCGCUCAGAGGUCUUUGUUCAUCGAGGGGGCAAACUCCAUGUCACUGUACAUACGUGAGCGUCGGGAACAGUUGUGACUUUAGUAGAGUGACUGUGUGUUUUUCUACUUUCAGAGCUGUUGAUGUCCUUGUUUCAUAGAGGUAGCUGAUUUUACAGUAUUGUGAUUAGUAAUGUAUAUGCCUCGUUUUGAUAGUAUGAAUAAUAGAUACAGUAUCUCUCCUCACUAAUACUGCGAAAAUGAUAUUAUAUAUAUAUUUAUAUAUAUAUAUAUAUAUAUAUAUGUAUAUAUAUAUAUAUAAAUACGAGAGUGUGCUCUAUUCUUGGGCCGAGUGCAAUUUAUGAACCGGACUGGGUCGCUCUUUGAGUUUCUCUUCUGCCGCUUCAGCAGCCGAGUGCGUGCAGUGAAAAACAAUCUGCUGCUGACGCGAAGCUUUUUGUUGGUUUCACUUUGCAAACGUCUCAAACGAUUGAGUUCGAGUCCCGACAACAUUAAAGCAACGAGAGAGAAACUCAGUUGAGCGUCGCCCGAGUUUUCGGUCUGAAUCCCUCCCAUAGAACUAUGCAUUAAGUUAUGAUUUUCACAAGAACAUGUGGCAUAGUUUCAAAAUAAUAUAAAAGUAUAUGACAAUAUAGAAGUUAUAACUGAUGUCACCCACACUAUGUGGGAUACAAGGAAGAGUUUCUAAAUUUAGAGAAAUUUCCUCUCUUGCAAAGAAUUAGAUUAGAAGAUUGAUACGAGUCCCAUGUGCUUAAUAUGAAGAUGGAGCCAGGAGAUGUUAGCUUAGCUUAGCAAAAACACUGGAAACGGAGGGAAACGAUUAGCCUGACGAUGUGGAAAGAUAAAAUACAACUAUGAGCAUCAGGAAGACUCCAGGAAGUUAUUACACUGGGACAGGAAGUAGCUUCACUUUUAGAUUCUAGGGUUGUUUUUUUUAUUAUUUGCUUAUUUUUUUAGAAAUAGGAUAAAAUAUUUAUUUGAGUUUUUUUCCGUUUAUUUUAAAAAUGAGACAUAGCAUUUAAAUGAGCUGAUAUUUUCACUUUUUCAGAGCCGGACCUGCUGUUUUCUCUCUUUUCCUUGUUGUACGUGUAAAGCUCAGCUAACUGUGUCCUGGCUCCACACAAACGACUCAAUCAAUCUUCUCAUCUAACUUGUCAAGAGAGCGAAUGAGUGUGUUUUCCCCAAAUCUCCAUUUCCACCAGUUUACCUCAGUCUCUUGAGUUUCUCCUCUGAAGUAAACUGCCUCCUCUCUCGCCCCCGGCAACGAUCUUCAGCUCUGCCGUGCGACGCUGCCGCACUAAUAUUUAAUGCAAUAUUAUAAUGUCCCAUCAAUACUGACUGUGACCAAAUGAUGCACUGAUGAGUGUAAUUCAAGAUUUCAGAAAUACUGCCACUACCUGGUGACAGUCGCCUGCGUCUGUUUGACUUGAACCCGUCACACGACGAGGCGAAUGUGAUCCCGGGUAAAUUUACAGCACACUUUAGAGAUUCAUUUCUUGUUUCCCUUCUCCGCUCGUGUCACCGCAGUCACAUGACCAUGAAGUUCUAUGGGGGACUGGGAGCUGUGUGAGAGUGCGUGCGUGCGUGUGUGUGUGUGUGUUUAAAUAGAUGUAGGCCCUUUAGCAGACACGGUGCAAAAACACAACACUGGAAUAUAAUGAUUACAAUAUACAGUACAGGUCUGCAUGCAUUGGUCACAUUACUCAUUGUUUAACGUGAAUCUCUCUGCGUGUAACCAUUUUAAAUGCGGGGGUUAACGUGUUCUGUUGACAGCUGCGUAGACGUAUAUGACGUUCUGCACAAAUGCAUCUGAAACUGUGGCGUUCCAGCUGUGCCAGGACGGUUUUAGAGCACCCGUCACGCAGCAGCCAUUUGUGUUUCCUCUCCUGUUUUUGUUUUAAACAAACGCUGGGAUUCAAAAAAGGGAAAUCAUCCGCCACCUUGUCAAAAUGUGUCGAGACGCCUGUCAGCAGGUAAAGACACGGUAAUGAAACACGCCGUCUUGUCUCCUCUAUUACUCUCUGUAUUUCUUCUUUGUAUUCUUGUGCACAUGUGUAAUCACUCCUUCUGUCUUUUCUUUCUUUACUUUGAAUCUUGUGAUGUGUACGUCUAAUGUAGAAUGCAGGACUGUGUUUGAAUCGAUGCCGGAGAUGCGUCACCACGACGUUUCCAGGUUUUGCUUUCCGUUGGUGUCUUUGUCCUGUUUAUGUGUUACCAGCGAUGUCCCAUCAGUGUUGUGAUGCUGAAUAGGAAGCGGACUCAUCGGGGUCUCCGGUGAAUCUGCUUUCGCUGAGCGAAAAGAAUGCCGGCCUUCAUGUUUACAACAUGGACAUACUGUAUACUGCCAAACAUGCAGGACCGAACCAAACUCCCCCUCUUGAGCGCUUAGUCCUCCACCUCAUCCCUGAUGCAGCUGUAUUCUCAAGACUCUUUUGGUUUGACUUCUAUUUUCCCACCUCUUUCUCUUCUUCGUCAUCUUUUCAAGCAUCGGAGGGCAGCCAGGUCGUGUCCUCUAGCUGUGUUUCUUCGUGUCUAGUGUCGUGGUGCGCGUGUUCAUGUCAGUACUUGUGCCUACUGUGGAUCGCAUGCUUUAGCCCUUGACUGGACACAAACGUUGCUCACAAACUCCUCUUGACCCUUGUGUGGACAAACGUUGGGGAUCCUUAUAAAGUCAUCAAGGGAACCAAAUAACUUAUUACAAAUUUAUCAUAUGUGUUACCAGUUCUGUAAAAAAACAAAUAGGAAAUAAAGGCCUUUUAAUUACCAUGA